GGUUCUCCCCGGUGCUUUGCCGAAACGCCGGUCGGCUUUAGGCUCACAGGGACUCACGGCAGUCGUUGUCCCAGCUAUCACCCGUGACCCGGGAAAUAUUUAAACGGGACCUCACGGUAAAGGACCGAGCACCGGCACACAGAGCGUUUGGCUUUAACCCCGGGGGAUUUAUUCCCCUCCGCAGCGGACUGCAUUGCAACGGACCGGAGCUGGAUGAAUUGAAAGUCGGACGUGGAUCCAGGCUGAAGGACGGAACAACAGGAGAAGAGAAGCCUGUAUUUGGGGGUUGAAUGCCAGUCUGACCUACAUACCGCAGAGCUGAAUGGACGCUCCUUCAGGACCUCUCUGCUGUGUGGAAGCAUCUUACUGACUGACGUCCUGUGUAACCUUGUAACACAGUAAUAAGUGACCUUCAUUUUUAUUUGCUGCUGCAGAUCUGUCCAAAGCAAGACAUGUAAAUGUGGAUGUGACUGAAGAAGGAGAUGCAAACCAUGCAUUAUGCUAAGAAGGGAACAUGAUAUAAACAGCAUGAAUAUCAUUGCAUGCUGACGUUUUUGUAGGGCUCUCGGGUCAAGAGGAAGCGAAACAUAUCAAAGCAGUUGGCCUGAGAAUUCUCUUUGCUGAACUCUGCCCUGCCGUUUUCUCACGGGAUACCGCUAGAAUAUACACCAUAUCUUCUAUUUGGAUAAGCCUACAGCUCAUGGGGCCCACAGUGGAGCUGGGGUCAAAGGUCGACAGAAGAGCAGGGCUGAAAUGUCUUUCAAACCAGAGCAGCCGGCAGAUGCCUUAUCCACACAUAAGCAAGAGAUUGUAUGGUGAUCAUUAACUGCUGUAAUCAGCCGACAGUUAAGCAAUAAAACCUUCAGUGCUGUGCAGGAAAGCACAGAUUCAAUUAAACACUUUCUGCUGUCAGAGACAUUAACUGUUGCCAGUAUGCUUCUAAAUUGUGGCCAGUCAAUGCCUCUUCUGAGGCACACGGAUGUGCCGCAUCGGGUCAAAGAAAACUUCAUCUUGACCGGCUACCGCUUCCCAAACUACAGCGUGAAGGAUUGCUUACUGUCAGCAUUCAGGCCUACCAAUGAGACAGGCAACUUCUGGACACACUUCCUGCCAGUUUUUAUCUUUGCAUAUUAUUUCGUGGAGGUAUUUGGUUGGGAAGGUGCGCCACAUGCCGACUCCCCGUUCUUCUAUCCACUGUGGAACUACUUUAUUGGGGUCUUCUGUCUGUUAAUGGCUAGCAGCAUGGCCCACCUGCUCAACUCAAUGUCUCUGGUGGUGAGGGAAGUCUGCUUCUUUGUGGAUUACGGCACCAUCAGUUCCUACACAGUUGGCUCAUCUUUGGCGUACUACUACUACAUCCACCCUCGAGCAGGUAUAGUGGAGACAGGAGGCAACAAUGGCUCCCAAACGGACUUGAAAGAGGAACCUGCAGGCUCUCUAUCCUAUGCAAUCCCAGACUUCUGUGUGUUUUUUGAGAACUUCUACAUCCCUUCCGCAUGUCUUGUCGCGAUCAUUUGCGUCUUGUCUUGCUGCAAUACUCGACAGAGGUGGAGGCGGCAUCGAUACCUCAUCCGAACCUUCGUUUUCCUCCUGCCGUUCCUCGUCUCUUCCACGCCCAUUUUCUACCGCCUCAUCACCAGAUCACCUUACUCCACCACCUCCUCGUCCUUUGCGGCUUCCACCUCUACAGCCGGCUUCUUCUAUCGCCACUGCUUCUGGCUGCUGGUCUCAGCGGUGUUCAACAUCAGUAAGAUCCCCGAGCGGCUGGCCCCGGGGCGCUUCGACAUCUGGGGCCACAGCCACCAGUGGUUCCACUGCUGCACCUUUCUGUCCAUCCUGGACGAGCUCCACCUGAUCAAGGCCGAGGUGAAGGCCAUCCUGCUCAGCCCGACUCUGCUGCUGCCCCCCGCCACCCUCGCCCCCCUACCUGGACCUACAAUUACUUCAACCUAUGGGGUGAUGCUCCUCCUCCAGACCACCAUCAUCUCCGUCAUCGUGUGGUUCUCCUGGCAUGCCAACUGCAUUUUCGGACCCGAGAGAGACAAGCUAGCAAAGGAACACCCCAGGGAACAUCUCAAAUGCCACUGAACAUUUCCUGUCCUGAAUUUAAAUCCCUCAUAUGUUCCAACCCCUUUAAGAGUGAUUUUCAGGCUUUAAUAGGCAGAAAUCAGGGACAACGAGAGAUGAAAGGAUUAUAUUCUGAGCUCACCACAUGGUGGCUGUCUGGUUGAGUGGAUAUUGAAGGACGUUGCCAGUUCUUUCCCCUGAGCUGCUCCUGCAUGUUCCAACAGGAUGUGUGAGCAGUGGCGACAAUGACUACCUCUAGGGAGUGUACUGUACACUUGAGGACACAGGAAAGGUGUUGGUACCCAGCAGAACAUUUUCCACAUAACACUUGGUAAUGUGGUUUGAAUGUCAUUUACAGAAGUUGCUUAUGUGCAGUCCAGUAGUUCCUCCUGUUGCACUUCCACUUCCCCUAACCUUGAACGGCAUAUUUCAAGAAGGCCUGCACUAUGGUUGCAGUUGAACCCGCUGUUAUACAUUGUAUUAGGCUCAAUUGGCUUCUGGUGACCACACCUUCUCUUCCUCUGACUUCCAUGAACGCUCGCACGCACUUUCAUUUCCUCUCCUUUCCUCUCCUUUCAAGUGACCCUUGCAGCAGGAAGCGCGGUGGCCUUGAUGACGCAACAGAAAUAACUGAGAGCUUAUAUCAGUCUUACAGUAAAGCACUUUCAAACCCGCUCUGUCAUUAAGAAGUCAUGCUCGCUUUUAACUUUAAAGGACGUGUAUCAUUACUGAAGCAGGAAAUGAUGUCCUGCUGAUGUGUUUUGUUAGUUUAUUUAAAUGUGUAGUGUAUAUAUAAUGCGAUGACUAGUUCCCCAUAGAUGAUGUUCAAACGUGUGCUCUUGUUCAGAUUAAAUGCCAUGUCAAUCUGAAUUGUCAGUAUAAAAGCGUUCUCGACCUGGUACUCAAUCUGAACAUUCACAUGUCUAACAUUCAAAAAGAUUCCUAAGCAGUAGCUCCAUUUCAAACGCCUGCUUUGAGAUAUUUUUGGACAAUGUAAGCAGAGAUUUCUUUUUAUGUCGUCUGAUGACCGCAGCCUUUCUGAGCAAAAGCCAUACUGGAACAGCGACAGUCCUACAUCAGGAACUUCCUGGUUAGAUCUGCACUCGACAGUUAGAUCAGGUAAAUAACAGUUUGCACAUUUCAUUUAUUACCAACACCUUCGAGUCAAAGAGCUAAGCAUCUGUUUUCCUACAAAUAUUGUAUACACCAGGCAAUCUUUAAAAAAACCCAGAUGGUCUUUUUUUGUAUUUUCUGAAUAUAUUUGAGUGACUCUUCUUUUUAGUUAUGCACCCAUUUAAAAAGGAAAAAUGUCCUUGCUCAAUUCCAUAACCAAAAUUGAAAGUUAAUUCACAGGUUAAAUUAGGGAUGCUCAAUUCAUCGUAUUUUAAUCGCAAUUACGAUUUUGGCUUGCAACGAUUAUGAAAACAACAUAAUCGAAAUAAAACAAUUAUUUAUUUUAUUUUAUUGGUUUUUCAGUUGAAUUAUACUUAAAGUUCAGGGUAAUCAACUGUUAAAAACAUGCUGUUCAAUUAUUUAUUUUUUUAAAUAAAUGGAUGUUUUCAAAGUAAAUCGACCCAAAUAAUCGAGAUUAUCAUUUUUGCCAUAAUCGAGCAGCCCUAGGUUAAAUCAAUGUUGUGUUUUUAUUGUUUCAUACAAAAAUAUAUACAUUUUUAGUUUGGUUGCUAUAUUAAUUAUCCUGAUUGAAAAAACAUUGAACAAUUGAACAAUGUCUUCAGAACAACAUUAAAUGUUUUUUAGGGCUAUCUGGGUUUUUAGAGAUGAUGGAGUAUUUAUCACCUGAACAGAAUGAAUGCUUCAUGUGUUCUGCAUUAUGGGACACAUCUCUCUCUUUAUCAGCUUCAGCUGCAUGAAGCAUGUGAGCCGUGUGCUGUAGGAUGAUCUCCUGCCUGCUAACGUUAGAUACAACCUGGCUGAACACCCUGUAGACUGCUUCUGUCUUUAUAGAGUCCUGCUGGGUUUGGUUGUUUAAAAUCUCUUUUGCAAAUAUCUUUGACUGUGCCAAUUGUCUAUGUCCAUGUGUUUCAAGUAGAGGCACAGGGUUCGGGGAGAAGGUGAAUUAUUGGUCAGUAACAGAUCAAAAGUACAGCCUUAAGGCCUGUGCAGUUUCUAAUGUCUCAGACAAAAAGAAAAAUGUCCGAACCUUCGUCAAUGAUGGCCGUUGGAUUUGGUCUGACAGACUGAAGUGUGUUUUCUGGCUCAUCGUUUUUGGCGUUUUCAUUUCUGCUGGGUCACUUAGUGGCAUGUUCGAUUGCAUUCCGUAAAUGUGUUUUGUCUUUAACAAAAUACAUGGUUGAGGGUCCAUGAAAAAGUUCUGUGUUUACCUGAGCCUGACGAUGAAGGAAGAGGAAAUUGGAUUUGAAUGCAGAAUUACCAAAAGGUCAUUUCUUUGUUCAGAGUUGAUUUUGCACUGAAAAUGUUACAUGAGCAUUAGUGAGAUGAAGAUGUGUUGUCUCUGUGUUUUCAUGCUGUUCUGUCCUCUGUGAUUAGGGAGGGAAUUCCAUCUAAAGUAGACUUGCAUGUUACGUUUACAUGUUGAUAACUCAUGUUGAUAACUCAUGUUGAUCACUGUCUAAUUUCAGAAAUAUGAUUAACACUGUAUAAGUUGUUCUCAUAUAUACCGCUGUGUUCCCGUGAACAAUGUUUAGAGAUGAUUAUGUAUAUUAUGUACGGCACUGGAAUGAGUACAUGUGAUAAUCACGCUGUUAUAGUGCACUUUAAAUUUAGCAAGAUGUUCCUUUAAGGGUGGACCACUGUAUUAUUCAUUACAUUUCAGGUUUAGACUCUUUCAAAGAGUAGUCAGAGAAUCAUCAGAUUAUGAUGCAUCCAAUGUUUUUACCUCAGUAGAGCAUGUGUUGAAGAACCAUCGUCCGUCAUCAGACCUGAAUCUGUUGUACUGCUGUCUCUCACCCAGUGAUGUACUCAGGGCGGACUGAGGAACCACUAACACAAUAUCUACACAUUUCAAUGGUCAAGUAGGGAGGGAGGAUAUUUAUAGAAUCUGCUAAUGCUGACAAACCCUCCUCCAGUAUGGAAAUUGAUGUAUCAAAUAGCUCUAAUUUGGAUGAUUUUAUUGAAUAAAUUAUGCGAAAAAGUUG